AUGGCUUGGCCAGCAGGGAGUGGGCAGCACCGUCCGUUAGGACGAAGGCUCCUGCAGGGGGGACGAGGCGCUUGUGCUGCAGCUCUGUGCCACAAACAGCACACGAGAAGCAACACCAGGAAAUUCUGUUCUGAAGCUGUCCUUGCCUCGUGCCUCCCCCGCGCUCCUUGUGAGGGACGGUCUCAGGGUGAAUAUGCCUGUUUUUGGUUGUUUCAGAAAUUGCUGACAUUCCAAGAUGUGGCCGUGGACUUCACCCGAGAGGAAUGGGGGCUGCUGGAGCCAGCUCAAAAGGACCUGUUCAGGGACGUGAUGCUGGAGAGCUACGAAAACUUUGUGUCCUUGGGGCUUCCAGAUUCCAAAGAAGAUGUGAUCUCCCAGUUGGAGAAAACAGAGGCACCAGGACCACCUGAAGGAGAAGUCCCAGGAGACACUUACACAGAUUUUCUUCAUGAAUAUAAUGUAUUUGGAAGACUUCCUACUGGAGAGAAACCACUUGAAUUUAAAGAAUGUGGGAAAGCAAACGAUCUAGGCCAAGAUCAAAAAAUAAAUACUGGAGGUACAUCCUGUUGCUGUAAUGAUUGUGGGAAAGUCUUCGGUCAGAAUCAACACCUUAAAAUACAUACAAUAUUUCUUACUGCCAAGGAUUCCUUUGAAUAUAAUGAAUUCUUCAGCAGUAAGCAUUAUUUAGGGCUACAUGAAAAAAAUCAUACUGGAGAUUUACUCUAUAAAUGUAAUGAAGUUGGAAAAGCCUUUAGGAAGAAGGGAAACUUAUAUGAACAGAAGAGAGAUCAGUGUGGUGAGAAACCCUACUUAAUUAAUAAAUAUGGGAAAGCCUUCACACCGAAGAGAAGCCUAAAAAUCCGUGAUGUAAUUCAUACUGGAAAGAAGUUCUUUGAAUGUAAUGAAUGUGGGAAGGGCUUCAAACAUCGAUCAGUCCUUUUGAGACAUCAGACAAGUCAUACUGGAGAGAAACCUUACAUAUGUAAUGAAUGUGGUAAAGCCUUCAGCCAAAAGGGAAACCUUAAAAUGCAUAAGAUAAUUCAUUCUAGAAAUAAGCCCUUUGAAUGUAUGCAAUGUGGCAAAGGCUUCAGGAAUAGCUUUUCCCUUUUACAACAUGAGAGAGUUCAUACAGGAGAGAAACCUUUUGACUGUCAUGAAUGUGGGAAAGCUUUUAGCCAAAAGGCAAACCUUAAUUCACAUAAGAGAAUUCAUACUGGAGAAAAGCCCUAUGCAUGUAAUGAAUGUGGGAAAGCCUUCAGCCAAAAAGCCAGCCUUAAUUCACAUAAGAGAAUUCAUACUGGAGUGAAACCAUAUUCAUGUAGUGAAUGUGGAAAGACCUUUAGUCAAAAGGUUCACCUUUUACAACAUGAGAGAAUUCAUAUUGGACAGAAACCCUUUGAAUGCAAUGAAUGCGGGAAAGGCUUCAGACACAUUUCAGUUCUUUUGAGACAUUAUAGAAGUCAUACUGGAGAAAAACCCUAUGAGUGUAAUGAAUGUGGGAAAGCCUUCAGCCAAAAGGGAAAUCUUAAAAUGCAUAAGUUAACUCACUCUAGAAAGAAGCCCUUUGAGUGUAUGGAAUGUGGAAAAGGCUUCAGGAAUAGUUUUUCCCUUUCUCAACAUGAGAGAAUUCAUACAGGAGAGAAACCUUAUGUAUGUAAUGAAUGUGGGAAGGCCUUCAGCCAAAAGACAAACCUUAAUUCACAUAAAAGGAUUCAUACCGGAGAAAAAGCAUAUUCAUGUGAUGAGUGUGGGAAAGCUUUUGGGAAUAGCUUUUAUCUUUUACAACAUGAGAGAAUUCAUACUGGAGAGAAACCCUUUGAAUGUAUUGAAUGUGGGAAAGGUUUCCGGUACAUCUCAAUCCUUUUGAGGCAUCAGAGAACUCAUACUGGAGAGAAACCUUAUGAAUGUAAUGAAUGUGGAAAAGCCUUCAGCCAAAAGGGAAACCUUAAAAUGCAUAAGAUAAUUCAUUCCAAAAAGAAGCCCUUUGAAUGUAUGGAAUGUGGCAAAGGCUUCAGGAAUAGCUUUUCCCUUUUACAACACGAGAGAAUUCAUACUGGAGAGAAACCCUAUGAAUGCAAUGAAUGCGGAAAAACCUUCAGACAAAAGACAAACCUUAAUUCACAUAAGAGAAUUCAUACUGGAGAGAAACCCUAUGUAUGUAAUGAAUGUGGGAAAGCAUUCAGCCAAAAGGCCAGCCUUAAUUCACAUAAGAGAAUUCAUACUGGAGUGAAACCAUAUUCAUGUAAUGAAUGUGGGAAGGCCUUCAGCCAAAAGGCAAGCCUUAAUUCACAUAAGAGAAUGCAUGCUGGAGUGAAACCAUAUUCAUGUAGCGUAUGUGGGAAAGGCUUCAGUAAUAACUUUUAUCUUUUACAACAUGAGAGAAUUCAUAGUGGAGAGAAACCAUUUGAAUGUAAUGAAUGUGGGAAAGGCUUCAGACACAUUUCAGUCCUUUUGAGACAUCAGAGAAGCCAUACUGGAGAGAAACCCUAUGAAUGUAACGAGUGUGGGAAAGCCUUCAGCCAAAAGGGAAACCUUAAAAUGCAUAAGAUAAUUCAUUCUAGAAAGAAGCCAUUUGAAUGUAUGGAAUGUGGGAAAGGCUUCAGGAAUAGCUUUUCCCUUUUACAACACGAGAGAAUUCAUACUGGAGAAAAACCAUUUGAAUGUAAUGAAUGUGGGAAAGCUUUCAGCCAAAAGACAAACCUUAAUUCUCAUAAGAGAGUUCAUACUGGAGAAAAACCCUAUAAAUGUAACCAUUGUGGGAAAGCCUUCAGCCAAAAGGGAAGCCUUAAUAAGCAUCACAAAACUUGUAGGGGAGAGAAACACUUUGAAUAA